CUCUUAGGAAACGCAGCCAACUCCUCACGUCGGGAAGGCCCAGCAUGAAUGUGAACUGUGCUGGUGGCACAGACUGGCCAAGAAACCUGGAGCCCAGCUGCUCUGUGGGAAACACAACUGUAGCAGUCCAGGAGUCAGAAGAAAGUUUAGAUCCUGAAUGCCGACACGCUCCCUGUCCAGUAAGUCCCCAGCUCAGUAGCAUGUUGUCUGCUCCUGAAGACACUCACAACUGCCAUUUCCAAGAUGGAAAUAAGAGACAGUCGGAAUACUUUAACGCCCAGGAGCGCCAUGGGUGCUGCACCUUGUCCUCAAGCAGCAGCUCACAGACAGUGGCUCCAGAGAAGGUGACACUCGUGGUAGACGGGACUCGCUUUGCAGUGAAUCCACAGAUUUUCACUGCUCACCCUGACACCAUGCUGGGAAGAAUGUUUGGACCAGGAAGAGAAUACAAUUUCACCCGGCCAAAUGAAAAGGGGGAAUAUGAAAUUGCAGAAGGAAUCAGCUCAGCUGUGUUCCGGACUGUGCUGGAUUAUUACAAAACCGGGAUCAUUAACUGCCCCGAUGGGAUUUCCAUCCCAGACCUUCGAGACACAUGUGAUUACCUCUGCAUAAACUUUGAUUUCAACACAAUCAAAUGUCAGGAUUUAAGUGCUCUGUUACACGAGCUCUCCAAUGAUGGUGCUCACAAGCAGUUUGACAGCUACCUGGAGGAGCUCAUUCUGCCCAUUAUGGUGGAUAGUGCAAGGAAAGGGGAACGUGAAUGUCAUAUUGUGGUGCUGACGGACGAAGACACCGUGGACUGGGAUGAAGAUCAUCCACCUCCAAUGGGAGAGGAGUACUCACAAAUCCUUUACAGCUCCAAGCUGUACAGAUUCUUCAAGUACAUCGAGAACCGCGAUGUGGCAAAAGCUGUGUUAAAGGAGCGGGGCCUGAAGAACAUUCGCAUUGGCAUUGAAGGGUAUCCCACCUGCAAAGAGAAGGUGAAGAGGAGGCCUGGUGGCCGCUCAGAAGUCAUCUACAACUACGUUCAACGGCCCUUCAUCCAGAUGUCAUGGGAGAAGGAAGAGGGCAAAAGCCGUCACGUUGAUUUCCAGUGUGUUCGGAGCAAAUCCCUCACAAACCUUGUCACUGUGGGUGAUGAUGUUUCAGAGGACCAGGAGGUUAUAAUGCAUCACCCCCCACAGGUAGAUGAACUGGACAGGCUGAAUGCACCAUUCUCCCAAAUGGCUGUGAAUGAUCUACCAGAUUAGUAGUGGCUCAGGGUGAUGGUGCUGCUGAUGUGGGAAUGUCUCGGCAUAGUUCCAUCCCUGGUGAUGGAACACAGACUCUUGCAAGGUGCUUUCUCCUCGUUCCUGCUCUUAUUACGUUGUCAUACUUCAAGCAUGUUAAUAAGGAGCCACACUUCAUGGUCUAAUUGUGCAAUCAAAAGCAACAUCUCCUCAAA